CUUCAUGGCUUCUUCCUCCAUGCUUUUGUCGUUCCUUACCUUCUUCUCAUUACUCCUCAGCCUCUUUAAUUCAUCACAACUUGAGAUCGAGGAGUUAUCAUGGCUGGAUGAUAACAACGAUGAAGAGAUCAACAUGGUCCAAAGUCGCCAUGAUUCACUAAGAAAAUGCGAUUUUGUAUCUGGAAAAUGGGUGUAUGAUCAGACAUAUCCGCUUUACGAUGCAUCCACUUGCCCGUAUCUUAGUACCAAAGUUACUUGUCAAAAAAACGGGAGGCCAGAUUCUGAUUAUGAGAAAUGGAGAUGGAAACCUCAUGGUUGCAACAUUCCUAGAUUUGAUGCAUUGGAGUUUCUUGGAAAAAUGAGAAGGAAAAGAAUAAUGCUAGUAGGCGAUUCCAUAAUGAGAAACCAAUGGGAGUCUCUUGUUUGCUUAGUUGAAUCUGUUGUGCCCACCGAUCGCAAAACGGUCACCUAUGCGGGCCCUACCAUGGCCUUCCAUGCCUUGGAUUUUGAGACUUCAAUUGAAUUUUGUUGGGCACCACUUUUGGUUGAAUUGAAGAAAGGGCUUGGAAACAAGAGGAUUUUACAUUUGGAUUUGAUAGAAGAGAAUGCCAAGUACUGGAGAGCUGCUGACGUGUUGGUCUUUGAUUCGGCACACUGGUGGACCCACUCCGACAAGCGGACAUCGUGGGACCUACUAAUGGACGGGAACCACGUAGCCCAAAACAUGAACCGAAUGGUUGCAUACCAAAGAGGGCUCCGAACAUGGGCAAAAUGGGUCGAUUUGAACCUCGACCCACGUCAAUCCCGGGUCAUAUUCCGGACCAUGUCACCUCGCCACAACAGAGACAAUGGAUGGAAGUGCUACAAGCAAAGGGAGCCAUUGGGGUAUGCUAGUCACCCUCAUGUACCAGAAGAGGUGAUGGUGCUUAAAGGUGUGAUUAAAAGAAUGAGAUUUCCGGUUUAUUUGGAAGAUAUAACCGGGAUGUCGGCUCUAAGAAGAGAUGGACACCCAUCGGUUUAUUUUGCACAAUCUGGUGGGUCAGACCAUGGUUCGGCUGAUUGUAGCCACUGGUGCUUGCCUGGGGUUCCUGAUAUAUGGAAUGAGAUGUUAAAUGCUAUGCUUUGAGAACUAAUUCGGUAGAUUAAUUAAGUUAAUCAAGAUUAUGUAGUAUAAUGGUUUAUUUGCAAUGUAACUUUAUCCUGUUGGUAGUUAAUUAGUUCGUUUGGUUUGUUUAUUUUGUCUUAAGCUCUUGGGUUC